GAGCAGAGCGCCGAGCAUGAAGAGGCAGGCGGGUCUCCCCGAGCGCAAACGGGCGCGGAUGCCUUCCGGGACAGCCGGAGCAGCACAAGGAUUUCUCAUGGAAGUGUGUGUUGAUUCAGUCGAAUCUGCAGUAAAUGCAGAAAGAGGAGGUGCUGGUAGGAUUGAAUUAUGUGCUGGCCUAUUAGAAGGAGGAACCACACCCAGCAUGGGUCUCCUUCAGGUAGUGAAACAGUGUGUCCAGAUUCCAGUUUUUGUGAUGAUCCGGCCACGGGGAGGUGAUUUUUUAUAUUCCGACCGUGAAGUUGAGGUAAUGAAGGCUGACAUUCAUCUUGCCAAGCUUUAUGGUGCUGAUGGUUUGGUAUUUGGAGCACUGACUGAAGAUGGGAGCAUUGACAAAGAGCUGUGCAUGUCCCUUCUGGCUCUUUGCCGUCCUCUGCCAGUCACUUUCCACAGAGCUUUUGACAUGGUUCAUAAUCCAGUGGUAGCUCUAGAGACCCUCUUAACCUUGGGAUUUGAACGAGUGCUGACCAGUGGAUGUGACAGUUCAGCUCUGGAAGGACUGCCCCUAAUCAAGCGACUCAUCGAUCAGGCAAAAGGCAGAAUUGUGGUAAUGCCAGGGGGUGGCAUAACAGAUAGAAAUCUACAAAGAAUCCUUGAGGGUUCAGGUGCUACAGAAUUCCACUGUUCUGCUCGGUCUGCCAGAGACUCAGGAAUGAAGUUUCGAAAUUCCACUGUUGCCAUGGGUGCCUCUCUUUGUAACUCAGAAUAUAUUCUCAAGGUCGCAGAUUUGACCCAAGUAAGAACUUUGAAUGCUAUUGCACAAAAUAUUCUGGUUUAGCCAGACCUCUUCGAGACACAGAUGUCACAGGGCAGCAGUUGAAAAAUAUCUGCGGGUUUCUGUGACAUGCUUUCACCUACAUCUCUGGCCAGAACAGUCACAGGCUUUGAUUUACUUCUUAUAUGGCCAUGGAGAAUGUUUCUGAGAAGUAGGAUUUGAAGCAGAACUGUAACCACUUUCUUUGCUUCAUCUUCCCAAAUAGCUCUGUCAUCUUGGUUAAUUCUGUUGUGUGCAUCUUUUAUAGACAGGUUUAAUUUGUUUUUGAUAGAAUUAAUUGAUGAACUCAGAGUACACAAUUGCAAAGUUUGAAUUCAGGGUAUCAAUUUAAUAGCAAUAUUUUGCUUUUUUAUUUGUAAAAUAAAAAUUUUCUAUUCUA